GGCUUUUUGACGCCAAAAAUUCGCGGAUAAAAUUUUUUUUUAUUAAAGUGCUUUUAUUGGUCAAUUAAUUUUUUUCUGUGUGAUUUAUUUAUGAAUAAUAUCUGUUUUUUUGCUCAUUGCUGUGUCACAAUAAAAAUAUUCGAGCAAUAAUCAAACUGCAUACAAUCGUUUUGUGCAAAUAAUGGAUUUAAUAAUAAUUUGGACUUUUAUUGAAAUAUCCUUCUGUGAAUGAAUUUAAUAAGCUACUUCCUUGACUUUUGCUUGGGUGCGCCGAACAAAAAAGUGGACCUUUUGCCCUAAGGGUUGCGGAUGUUCUUUUACACAAAUAUUUGUGUUUGUUGAAGAAAAAUCUUUGCGGAUAAGAAGGGAUUUUCUCAAGUGAUUUUUAGUAUCUUUUGUGUGUUUUUUUUUUUCUUUUUAAUUCUUCAACACCUCCACAGGAGGGAUAAAAGGGUUAAAGGGGCAUAGAGAGGUAUAUCAGGAAUGAGAGAGGGUGUUAGCAUUUGAAGUGCAAGAAAAAGAGUUCCAAACGGCAGGAAAAUGGGAAAUGAUAGAAAAGAUUCGGAUUCGGUGAGUGUUGAUGUGGAAGUACCACCAUCACCGGUACCCGGAAUUGGCAAUCUCAGUGAAUUUGCUUUGGCGCUGGAUUUACCAAAACCCCUAACUAUUGAUGAGAAGAAAUUCCUUUUGGCCGUUGAAAGGGGUGAUUUAGCCAAUGUCCGGAGGAUGCUCCAGAAAGCAGCACGGAAGCACCACUUCAACAUCAAUUGUAUGGAUUCCCUCGGGAGGGGAGCACUCACCCUCGCCAUUGAUGGGGAAAAUCUCGAGAUGGUUGAACUCCUUGUGAUUAUGGGCGUUGAAACACGAGAUGCCCUCCUUCAGGCCAUCAAUGCGGAAUUCGUGGAGGCUGUGGAGCUCCUACUGGAGCACGAGGAACUCAUCCACAAAGAGGGUGAACUCUACAGCUGGCAGAAAGUUGACAUCAACACUGCAAUGUUCACCCCAGACAUCACCCCCCUGACUCUAGCUGCCCAUCGCAAUAAUUACGAAAUCCUAAAAAUCCUCCUAGAUCGGGGGGCCACAAUACCCACACCGCAUGAUGUAAAAUGUGGUUGUGAGGAGUGUAUUAGGCAAUCGUCCGAGGACUCCCUCAGAUACUCCCUGUCUCGUGUCAAUGAAUACCGCGCCUUGUCUAGUCCAUCACUGAUGGCACUCAGCUCUCCGGAUCCCCUCUUGACAGCCUUCAAGCUAUCAUGGGAGCUCCGAAAUCUCGCUCUUGCCGAACAGGAAUGUAAAUCAGACUACGUAGAGCUACGGCGGCAGUGUCAGCAAUUUGCUGUGGAUCUCCUGGAUCAGUCACGAAGUAGCCAGGAGUUGGCAAUUAUUCUCAAUCAUGAUCCCGAAUCACCGCCGUACAUGGAUGGGGAUACAAUGAAAUUGGCACGCCUGGAGCUUGCUAUUGAUUACAAGCAGAAGAAAUUUGUGGCGCAUCCAAACAUCCAGCAACUACUGGCUGCACUCUGGUACGAGGGUGUACCUGGGUUUCGGCGUAAAUCUGCAAUGCAGAAGAUGAUGAUAUGUGUGCGCGUGGCAGUGCUUUUCCCAUUUUACUGCACUCUAUACAUGGUGGCACCCACCUGCUCAACGGCAGAACUUAUGAGGAAGCCCUUCAUGAAGUUCCUCAUCCAUGCAUCGUCAUACCUCUUCUUUCUCUUUUUACUGAUUCUCGUAUCGCAACGAGCGGAAGUUCAGGUGAUUCUUCUCUUUGGAACUGAAAGUAUGCGCCAAGCUCUCGAGGAGGAGCUAAUGCGACAACGUGGCAAUGGACCAACGUACCUUGAACUUCUCGUUGUUGUCUAUGUGCUGGGAUUCAUUUGGGAGGAGACACAGGAAAUCUUUGCUGAGGGUAUUCAGAGCUACCUGCGGAAUAUGUGGAAUUUUAUUGACUUCAUGCGGAACUUCCUGUAUUGUCUCGUCGCAUGCCUCAGGGUAUUUGCAUACAUUCAGCAAUAUAGUGAGAUUAGUCGUGAUCCCAGUACGGCCUACAUUGCGCGUGAGCAUUGGGAUGAUUUUGAUCCUCAACUCAUUGCUGAAGGGCUCUUUGCGGCUGCAAAUAUCUUCUCAGCCCUGAAGCUUGUUCAUUUGUUCUCCAUCAAUCCACACCUGGGUCCUCUUCAAAUCUCUCUGGGCAGAAUGGUUAUUGAUAUUGUUAAGUUCUUCUUCAUCUACUCCCUCGUUCUCUUUGCCUUUGCAUGCGGUCUCAAUCAGUUACUGUGGUACUUUGCGGAUCUCGAAAAGAAGAAGUGCUACUCCCUUCCUGGAGGAUUACCGGACUGGAAUGCCCAUUCUGACGCAUGCAUGCGAUGGCGGAGAUUUGGAAACCUCUUUGAGUCAUCGCAGUCACUCUUCUGGGCUAGUUUUGGAAUGGUGGACCUUGAGACGUUCGAAUUGACGGGCAUUAAAUCCUACACGCGCUUCUGGGGGCUCCUUAUGUUCGGUUCGUACAGUGUUAUCAAUGUGAUUGUCCUCUUGAAUCUCCUUAUUGCCAUGAUGUCCAAUUCAUAUGCCAUGAUUGAUGAGCAUUCGGACACAGAAUGGAAAUUUGCACGGACAAAGCUAUGGAUGAGUUAUUUUGAGGAUAGCUCAACACUCCCGCCACCAUUUAAUAUUUUCCCCACAACGAAGCUUCUUAUGCGACUCCUUGGGUGCUCGAAGAAGAAGAAGAAGCCCAUUGAGAGGAAGUCCACGAUACGAAGGAAGGAAGAAAAGGAGCGUGAGCAUAGGUAUACCACUGUUAUCAGGGCUCUUGUGUGGAGAUAUGUAUCAGCCAUGCACAGGAAAUGUGAGGAGGACAUGGUGACUGAGGAUGAUAUCAAUGAGGUGAAAAUGGAAAUUUCAGCAAUGCGAUACGAGUUAAUUGAGGUUUUAGGUCGAAAUGGGAUGGAUGUUUCAAUUGUUGAGCGCAAGGAGAAGACAGUCCUGGCGAAGAGGAUGAAGGUGUGGGAACGACGUCUCAUGAAGGACUUCCAGGUAGCCCCUGUGGGGCCUGAGGCUGAAGAUGAAAUCCCCGAACCUGUGGUGGAGACAGGACUUGCAAAGUUCCGUCGUGUAGCUCAGCAAGUGGCCCAUGCUUCCACAGCCCACAAAUGGGGUCAAGUUAUUCACGAAGUUGGCAUUCAGAGUAAUUCACAAAUUGGCCGUUGCCGGAAACGCGAGAGUUUUAAGAAUCAACAGAAUCUCUUGCGUGCCAUGGAGGAGGCUAGAAAGCUCGUGGAACGGAGCCCCCAUCAUCGCAGUGGGAGUGUUUCUCCAAUUGAACUUGUUGAUCCCACAGCGAAUUCCCUGAUGGAACUUCUUAAGAAUAUCAAAGAGGAGAUUGAUGACACAUCCCCAAUGAAUACUUUGACUCCAGCAGCAUUGAGUCGUGCUAUGUCUCCGGCUCAGCUCCUCCCGGGAACAUCUAAGGGAGGCAAAUUACCGAAAUCUUCCCCGCAAAUUCCUGCGGCGAAAACACCAAAGGAAGUGCCAAAACAACCACCAACCAAAAGUUCAACUGAAGUAACAUCACCACCUUCAAAAUCAACCUCAACGCCUCGAUCUGUGGCAUCUCCACCGCCCAGUGUAGCAUCUCCUCCUUCUGUAGCAUCUCCACCGCCUAGUGUAACGUCGCCUCCUUCAGUGAGCUCACCCCCGACAACAUCACCACCUCCUGAGAUCCUCAUCACAUGCCCGGAGAAUCGUGUGAGAUCACCCGAAGAGACACUUACUGAUGAAUCUUCCAAUCCUUAUAAGGUAAUUAAGCGAAAGGCUCCAACAGCUGGGGAUAUUGCUGUCUCUCGGCCACUUGCUGCUAAACCAACACCUGGACAGGGAAUGAUUCCACCGCCACCGUCAAAAAUUGAACCUGUACCACCAAGAGGAGGCACCCCACCUAAACAAGUAUCUCCCAGCAAACAACCACCCCCUGUGAUUCAGGAACCGAGUUCAACUGCCCGGAGAAGCAGUGUUCCUACAAUUCCCAAAGAAAUACCAAAUCUCGGAUCUUUGCCUGUAGAUCCUGGUAUUUCCGGAAGUAGGGAGAAAUUAGUUCCGGAAAAGUGUCAUGGAGAACCCUCAAAGGAUGCCAAUAAAGCCGCAUCAUCGCCUCCACCAAGCAUACGAUCAGUGAAGCCUACCAGAAAGCAACCUAAGGAUGGAUGGCUCUAAUUGAAUUUUCCUUUCGAGAUUUUCUAAGGUUAAUCAAUCUGGGAAAAUUUUUUAACAAUUUAGUUUUAAAUCUGCAUUGUCUGCUCGUAUCCAAAUCUUACGUUAAAAGACAGAAAUAUGGUUCAUGUUUAUAAUAUUUAUUUGGACCAUGCAGGUCAAUCUAUUCCCUCCUAAAUCAAGUCAAGUCUUCCAGGUAGGGGAGACCGGGGUAAAAAAAGUCAUUUUCGAAUUUUCAAAUGCCAAUUUCUCCGAAGUUAUUAAUCGGAAAAAUCGGAAAAAAUUCUGGUGGAAAGCCCUACCAACCUAUAAUUUUUGACAGUAAUUUGGAGGUUAUGCGAUCAGUACUUUAGGAGUUAGAAAAGAAAAUAAAUUUUUGGUCCAUUUCCCAAACUUUUGCGUAUUGGGAAAAACGCGUUUUUCGAUACUUUUCCCUUAGUAGUUUUCCAAUCUGAUAAUUUUUCUCACUACCUGGGUUAGUGCAGAAAACGUUGCCAAGGUGUAU